AUGCCAGCCGACAGUGGUAGCCAGAGCGCGGGCGAGGCCGCAGGGGAUCAGGAGGGUGUCAACGGGCACGGGUCGCAGGACGCCGCGGGUGACGCGCAGUGCGUUCGGCCGCCAAGAGCCCAUGGGUGUCGCCGGGACCCCGCCACUGACCAGUUCGGUGGCACCGACCCGGUGGACAAGCCUUCCACUCCACCGAGGACGACGUCGGCGGCGGCCGCCGACGGACCCCAGGACGACGCCGCAGCCGGCGCGAGCUCCAAGGGGACUUCGGACUUGCGGGGGUCAGGCUGGAGUUGGCAGCCCGAGCUGGGGAACGUGAGCGUGGAACGAGACGUGGGGGCCGUCGGUGAAGGAACGUGA